AUGGUUUCAAGCUUUCAUCACGACGAGUUAUCAGAUCAAGGUUUUACGAUUGUGAGAGGUUUUCUCACUGAGGAAGAGAUUGAAAAAUAUAAAAAAGCAGCAGAAGAUGUUGUGAAGUAUGCCAGAGAUGGAAAUUGGUCACAGGUCAGGACCAGGGGAAAGCAAUUUCCUCCAUGGCCAAAGGAUUUCAAUCCGGAUAUUUGGGGCGUGAAUGGUCUCUUGCACCCAGAUUUAAAGGAAAUGUCCUUACCAUUUCAAGAGUGCUAUUCUUCUGACAAAAUAUUAGAUAUAGCUUGUGACAUAUUACAGACAGAUAAAAAUGGCUUAUGCAUGGAACUCUUUAACAUGCUUAUCAAUCCUUUAACUGACUUUGAAUUAGACUGGCACAGGGACUACAUCAAACCUGAAGUUUCUGAGCAAGAGGAAGCUGAACAGUUGCUAGAGAACCCGUUUGCUGGAACUCAAUUCAACUUAGCGCUUACAAGUGAUAAAUGCUUGAUCGUGGUUCCUGGAUCUCAUAAAAGGGUUAGGACUCCAGAAGAGCGUGAAAAAACGUCUAAUGACAACAGAAAAGAGUUUAUAAGUGACCAAAUUGUUGUCGAAUUAAAGCCUGGUGACGUUGUUUUCUACGAAUCCAAUAUUUUACAUCGUGCUACUUAUUCAUCGAAGAAUCUUCGUUUGACUCUUCACGGAUCUUAUGGUCAUGUAAAAUAUGGAAAGUUUAGAGCUAAAGGUGUUUUGCAGCAUGGUGUCGCUAAUUGGCUCCCAAACUUCAAGCCUGAAAAUGAUAACAUGGAGUUGUUGGCUGACAAAUUAAGAAUAUUAUCUAGAGAAUUUGAAGGAGUGAAUCUAGGAUAUGCUCUUGAAGGGUAA